GCGACCGUUGAGUUAGCUUUGGGUUGGCACUGCGCGCGAGUCGUGUGAGUGUUAAGCGCGACCAUGGAGGGGUCAAACUUUCCUCGUUGGACCGUGCUUCAUGUGCUAAUGGCGAGUCUGACUGUGCUCCACGUCCAGGGCCUAACUGUGGACAUGGCGGUUCUGAACGCCUUCCCAGCCGUAGACCCACAGGAAAGAGACACCUACAUCUACUGCUACUCCAUGGGGGACAUCAUCCAGCAGAGACAACCGGCGGGCGAAGGGAAGUACCCGCUCCGGGUUGAACUGGACACGGGCUCGGGGAAGAAGGUGACGGACAAACGCGUCACCUACAUGAUCCCGCCUAACGGUGUGGCCGUGAGGAUGCUGGCGACAGCCGGGUACGCACAGGUUGGUGCGUUCUCUUGCAAGGCCCGGAUGAAGAACGGAGCAGACAAAAGAGUGUCCAAAAUCAUCACCAUCAAGGUCAACAGAAAAGCGCACUUCGUCCCCGAUGAGUUCACGAAGACCGUGAGCCUGGGAGAAGACGUGACGUUACGCAUGAGCAUGCGCAGUCGGAAGCCAGACGAGGCCAUCGCGUGGAAAAAGGACGGCAAACCCGUCAACAACCCCGUCAACGACAGGCCUGAGUUAACUAUCCGCCAAGCCAAGAAGUCGGACACGGGAAUUUACGAGGUUUUCUACUUCGGCUACUACCCGACCCGACAACAGGGCAUCAUGAGACUCAUCGUUAGAGGCUGCGGAGGGAACAGUUUCGGACAGACCUGCAGCUUUCGCUGCCACGCCAUGGGUUCUGUGGACGGGUGCCGAGGCCGGCAGCUCUGCGUGCCCGACCCCGUGGGCUGCGUCUGUCCGCCGGGAUUCAAGGGCCCACUCUGCUUGCAAAUGUGUGAGGAAGGGUCGUACGGGACGGGCUGUUCCCAGUCCUGUCACUGUCGUCAUGGAAACAGCGUCUGCGACAAGUACUCCGGAGCAUGCGCAGGAGGGUGUGCGGCAGGAUGGCAGGGGCCGUCAUGUCAGCAAGAGUGCGCUGACGGUCGGUACGGGGAGUUCUGUAAGCGGCAGUGUCACUGCGCCGCCGGAGAGCCGGCAUGCCACAAGCAGACCGGCGCCUGCAGUACCGGCUGCGCCGCUGGGUGGCGAGGCGUGGACUGCCAGAAAGUGUGCGAUGACAAAACGUUUGGCCCCGGUUGUGAGCAGCAGUGCCACUGUAAGGGUGACGUGCAGUGUGACAGGAAGUCAGGACUGUGCCCGGCCGGAUGUGCGUCAGGAUGGUACGGCCUGAGCUGUCAGGACACUGAUCCACCAGGGACGGCAGCUAGAAAAGAAAGUUUCCCCGUGCCGUCUGUAGACUGCGAGGUUGGGACGUUCGGGGAAAGGUGCGAGCUGCCAUGCCGCUGCCGGGGUGGGGAGGCGUGUGACCAGAGGACUGGGGUGUGUCCGUCUGGGUGUGGGGAUGGAUGGACAGGAACGUCAUGCCAGCAAGCGUGCAAGGAUGGUACGUUUGGCCCCGACUGUAAGUACCAGUGCCACUGUGACCAGGGCGCGCCGUGUGACAAGCGGUACGGCAUCUGCAAGCGGGGCUGCGCGCCGGGGUGGAGGGGCAUCGCCUGCAGCAGGGUUUGUCCAGACGGGAAGUAUGGUGCAGGCUGCAGUUCUGAGUGCCACUGCCUGGGCAGACCAGAGGACUGUGACAAGGUGACCGGGGAGUGUAGCGGCGGCUGUUCUGCAGGGUGGGAGGGACCGGGGUGUCAGAGAGAAUGUACGGAGGGAAAGUUCGGCCCAGGCUGUAAGGACGUGUGCCACUGCCGACAUGACGAGCCAUGUGACAUGUACACUGGGAAGUGUGAACAGGGAUGUGCACCAGGGUGGGCAGGGGAAGACUGCCAAACAGCGUGUCCAGUGGGUAAGUUUGGGGAGGACUGUCUGUACGACUGCCACUGUCUGGACGGGAACACUUUCUGUGACAGGGUCAACGGGACAUGUCCUCGGGGAUGCCAACCUGGAUGGCAGGGGUACAACUGUCAGCAGAAAUGUCCCCUGGGCACCUUUGGGCAUGAGUGUAAGGGAACGUGCCACUGUGACCAAGGCCUGUGUGACAGGAUCACGGGUGCGUGCGCCAGCGGGUGUGCGGAGGGGUGGAUGGGCAGCGCCUGCCAAAGGGCUUGCCCACCGGGAAGAUUUGGUACCAGUUGUAAGGGGACCUGCCACUGUGCCGGGACGUGUGACAUCCGGACUGGGGCUUGUGAUGGAGAAUGCGCUCUGGGCUGGGAAGGACCCAUCUGCCAAAAACCAUGUGAUGAGGGUAAAUACGGCCUGAACUGCAGCCAGAUGUGUCUGUGUGCUAAUAACGAUGUGGCCUGCGAUCGUGUGACCGGCCCGACCAAGGACUGUGUCUGCAGAGAAGGCUACUUUGGCAGGGACUGUUCCGAAAAAGCUGAAGGCCCCUACAUCACGUCCUUCACCUACACCAGGGUAAACCUGGGACAGCCCACAAACUUCUCCUGCAGUGCCAGGGGACACCCUCCCCCCGGCCAGGGAGACAUUAGGGUGGUUCUACAGAACCAGGCUCCUGGGCUUCCCGUGGUCGCAACGUACGUGGGAGACAAUGGCACCAGAACAAACUUCUUUCAGGCUGUAGUGCAGAGAGGGGAGGUGUUUGAGUGCGUGGUGAAGACUCAAGUCGGGGAGACUAGGAAGAACCUUACGGCUGAUGUAUUUGAGCCGCCAUAUCUGAAGUUCCAGCCCUUGGUGAUCCCUGGUAUCAUGACGUUCAGUCUGCGGUGGCGUGCCUGGGUGGAGGGGUUUGACCACGGAGACGGUCCCGUGACGUCCUACUCCGUUUGGUACCGUCCCGAUGGUGAGGUAGAAUGGACAGUCCAGCCGGUCAAGUUUCAUCCAGGACAGUUCAAUGAGGAGUUCAACGAAACUAUAGAAGGUUUAGCUCCAGGGAGGACCUAUGACAUAGCUGUGAUGCUGUCCAGAGAGGGACCAGGUGGGCAGGAGAAGGCACCGCUGAAUGUUGUACAACAGGAAACAAGAUGCGGGGCACCCCUGGAGCCACCAAAGGAGGUCAGAGUUCAGAUACAUGGGCCGCGGCACAUCAUAGUCAACUGGGACGUUCCUGAAGUGGAGGUGAUCCGAUGCUGGUAUUAUGGGUUCCGUGUGCACCACAAGAAGGUGAACGAGCUGCCAGUUUCAGUCUCGCCAAACCUGACCAGCACCACCAGACAGUACAACCUGUUCGUCUCACCUGCCGCAACUUACCUGGUCAAGGUGGAGCUCUGGAACCUGGUGGGAUCUGUGGAGUCGCCUUACUACGAAGUCAAGACACCUGACGAUGUUCCCGGCCCGGUACGAGGGUUCAAGGUCCUGCGCUUCAGCAGUACGGAGGUGGAGGUGAGGUGGGAGGAGCCAACGGAGAAGAACGGACUCCUGGUCGGCUACCAGGUCACGCAGAAACUCAAGCGGCGUCACCGACGGAGCCCAGGGAACACCUGCGUCAUCCCUGUACCAGGCAACGCGACCGAGACCACAGCAGUCGCUCCCAACGUGACCAGCUUCAUGUUUGCAGACCUGCUGCCCCACUCCCUGUACAGGCUGUCAGUACAGGCCAUCACCAGGGCAGGGCCGGGCCAGGAGGUCGCCAUAGAGCAGGCUACUGCUCAAGGAGCUCCGAGUGGUUCGAUAGAGAACCUGCAGGUGGUGAGUUUCCAGCCGGCUGCCAUGCAGAUCAGUUGGGACCCUCCAGCUUGUGAGCAACGCAAUGGCAAUAUCACACAGUACGAGGUUAACAGUGAGGAGGUGAAUUCCACAUCUCCCCUGCCAGGCUCGGAGACGGCUAACGUAUCCACCACGGAUAUAUGGUUGUACGACCUGGUGCCGUAUACGACAUAUCAGCUGCGGGUACGUGCGUACACCAGGGCCGGGCCUGGACCAUGGUCUGCACCGCUGCUGCAGCGAACCAGGGAGUACCGCCCAGAGGCACCGCGAGAUUUCCAGGUGGACUCUGUUUCCCCGACCUCCAUCUCCCUGUCCUGGCGUGAACCCUGGCCUCCGGGUGGUGUCAUCACGCACUACGAGAUCGUUUUCUGGAAAACCAUGGAUGAGCAUGGCGUGCCUUCGACCCUAAACACGAGGACGGUGUUGGCCAAUGACACGUACGGACCGGAUGACAUCAUUCAGUACGAAAUCGACGGCCUGUCAACCGAUGUCAACUACACAGUCAAUAUCAAGGCAUUUAACAGUGUUGGAAUGAGCCCCAAUGCACGAGUGACAGCAUUCACUGAUGAAAGUGCUCCAGGCCCUGUGAUGAACCUGACAGCUGUGGAAGUGACCACGAACUCCAUCGUUGUACGCUGGGAAAAGCCCCUCCUCAACCCUGACAAAGUCUCAGCUUACGAAGUCACGUACCAAAGCAAGACGAAGGGGGCCUGUCCACUCUCUGUUUCCUUCGUCACCAUAUAUAGAAUACCAAAUGCAAGUGUUACUGAGUACAGGAUGUCAGGACUGAUGCCGUACACACUGUAUGGCAUAUCUGUGCGGUCCAGGACAAAAGCUGGCUUCAGUGAAGUCACCGAGAUCGAAACCAGGACAGGAGAAACUGCUCCAACAGGACCACCGUCAAACAUCCUACACAGCCAGGUGACACCGACAUCCGUAGUCUUCACCUUCCUACCACCACUGUGCGACCAGAAGAACGGGGAAAUCACCAUGUACGAGUACGUGUUGGUACGGCAGAAUGCUACGUCGAUCUCCGAGUGGCUGUUGGGGAACACCUCCGCAACAACCUACACACAAAAGUUCACCGGUCUGAUUCCGUACACUGAUUACUACUUCAGAGUCCGAGGGUUCACCAAUGCAGGACCCGGGCCAUUCUCAGACGCUGUGAGCAUACGGACAGCAGAGGACAAGCCGCCUGCUCCACAAGAUCUGCGCGUUGCCUUCACCUCUGCCACGACAGCCACCAUCGCCUGGAACCCCCCCUCCCCGCCACAUGGUAUCAUCCUGCGCUACGCCAUAGAGGUACAGAAGGAGGGCGAGUCGCUCAACACCUCAAAGAUCAUCCGGGCUGCAGACAGGAAGAACAGACUGGUCAUACGGGACCUGGCACCAUAUACAAACUAUUCCAUUCGGGACAUUGUUCAGAUGAUGGUAAUAUUAUCAGGUAUCUGA